CCUGGGGCCUGAGGAGGCGUUGUCGCCGCGGGCUUCGCCGAAGGAGAGCCUCUGGGGCCGGUGGCAGUUUAUAUCAAGGAAGCACUGGAACUUGUGGUCACACCCUUCAAGAAUAAAAAAGUUAGAAAAUGGAACAACCACAAAUGUUACGUGAGGAAGAAAGAGAGCCAGAACCACAGAAGAAUGUAAAAGAAGCCAAACAAGUAGAUGAUGAAGAUGCUGAACUGAUCUUUGUUGGAGUGGAACACGUAAAUGAAGAUGCUGAGCUUAUUUUUGUUGGGGUGACCUCAAAUUCAAAGCCAGUUGUUUCAAACAUUUUGAACAGAGUCACCCCAGGUUCAUGUUCAAGGAGAAAAAAGUAUCGUCACCGUAGAAAAGAUAAUGCUCCCAAAUCGCAGCCUGCAAGUCAUACAUCAGAAGCAGUGACUGUCUUGCCAGCUUCUCAAUCUGAAUUGAGGUCAAGAGAUAGUCCUAUUAUUAUUGAGCCUUUGUCUAAACCUGAUUAUAAAAGCAAUUCACCACAAGUCGUGCCUAACAGCUCUUCAGAGUUAUGUUCUCCUUUGGUUACAUUCAAAAGUUCAUUGCAUCAUCCAGUAAGAGCAGCACUUUCAGUAGGAGGUAUGAAUGAAAGUCCUUGUUUAUCAAAGCAACUUUCCACUUCUGAAGUGAAUAGCAUAAAUUCCAAAAAGCCUAAACUCAGUGAUGGAAUCAUAGGGGGAUAUUCUCCAGCUUUGUCCCCCUCAGAUAUCUUUCAUACAGUGAAUACUCAGCAAAAUACACCCUCAAGUGAUGUUCAUACCUCAUUAAGCCAUGUUCAGAAUGGAGCCUCUUUUCCAACAGCUUUUCCAAAGGACAGUGUCCAUUUCAAGCCUGUAAAUCUUAAUAGGGAAAAUGGACUGGCAAAAACAGAUUUUUUGAGUGUAGCAAGUCAGAGCAAGACCUUUGCUCCCAAGAAAGGAAAUCUUAUUGUGUCACUUAGUGACUUCUACUAUGGACAGCAUAAAGGAGAUGGGCACCCAGAACAGAAGACUCACACAACCUUUAAAUGCCUCAGCUGCUUGAAAGUUCUAAAAAAUGUUAAGUUUAUGAAUCACAUGAAGCACCACUUGGAACUUGAGAAGCAGAAGAGUGACAGCUGGGAAAACCACACCACUUGCCAGCACUGCCACCGACAGUUUCCAAAUCCUUUCCAGCUGCAAUGUCACAUUGAAAGUGUACACACUACCCAGGAGCCCUCUGCAGUCUGUAAAAUCUGUGAAUUGUCAUUUGAAACAGAUCAGGUUCUCUUACAACACAUGAAGGACAAUCAUAAACCUGGGGAAAUGCCCUAUGUGUGCCAGGCUUGCAGUUACAGAUCGUCGGCCUUUGCUGAUGUGGAAACACAUUUUAGAACGUGCCAUGAAAACACUAAGAAUUUGCUUUGUCCAUUUUGUCUCAAAAUUUUCAAAACUGCAACACCAUACAUGAGUCAUUAUAGGAGGCACUGGGAAAAGAGUGUUCACCACUGUUCUAAAUGCCGGCUACAGUUUUUAACUUUCAAGGAGAAAAUGGAGCACAAGACCCUGUGUCAUCAAAUGUUUAAGAAGCCUGCACAACUAGAAGGAUUGCCUCCUGAAACAAAAGUUGUUAUUCAAGUAUCAGUGGGACCUCUUCAACCAGGAUCAGUGGAAGUAGCAUCCAUUACUGUGAGCACAUCUGACUCGGAACCAUCACCCCCCAGGACUAAAAGUGGGACUUUAGAAAACCCUCAUUAAUUUUAGUUUCAGUAAAUCUGAAGCAAGUCAAAACCAAUCAAUUUAAAUCAAAAUCCCCAUAAAUA